AUGACAAACUACGGAGAUCACACAGAUUUUAGAAUUUUAAAGUUUACUGUAAAGAUUGAAGGCAGAGAUGAUGAGAUUACCGUACCUAUUUACGGGGCUGAAGAAAUCUUAAUGGCAAUUCCCGAAGGUACUAAAUAUCAAUCAACUAUUCAUUUUCUUGCAUUGAAAUCAUUAAAGAACUUUGUUUAUACUCAAGCAGCUGUCAAAGCCGGUAUUACUGUCAAAAAGACCGUUACUGAAUUAGGGGACUUUGAACCAAGAGAAGAACCUUAUUCAAUUGAAUUUAAAGAAGAUCAAACUCCUUCAGGUUUCUUCUUUAGAGGUAAAUGUCCGGUUAAAAGUACUUAUACUCUUGAUGGUGAAGUUGUUUUAGAAAAUAGUUGGACUGUUGAAGUUACCAAGUAA